CCCUUGAUACCGAACCCUUGAUCGAUUUUACUCAAAUCAAUCAUUCAUUGCAUUUGGGAGGGAGAGGGGGAUUGAUUAUUUCUUUUAUGGUGUCACCUCAAGGUUAUUAUUUGACUUGUCCGUCGGAUCGAUUGAUCAUCAGUUUGUUGUCCGUUUUUGGAUGAUGAAUUUUUGAUUCAUACAUCCAUCCAAGCUUACGAUAUACUACAUCUUUUAUUUCUGAAUACUAUUAUUAUUAUUGCCUCUCUUCGUAUUCUCCUUCUUACUUCCCAUUCCAACUUGAUUUGUUGGUACGCCACUGCUAUUGCCGGCAUUGCUGUCAUUUUUGUCGCCUAUGAUUUGAAGCACAAUCACAACCACUACCACGAACCUACUAACCUUACCUCGACAAAUACAUCUACAACUACAUCAACCACUACUACCACAUCAACUACAACAACAACAACAACAACAACACCACCACCAACAACAACAGCCACAACCACAACCACUCCCCCUCCCACUUCUAUCCCCACUUCACUAAUCAUGGAUCCAUACUACGCUACACCUUCAAUACCUCUUCAAAGGCGAUUAACCAAAAUUUAUACUGAUACCAAGAAUAUUUACGAUUUCAUCAAAGAACCAGUUAGAAAUGUCGAAGAUCAUGAACUUCAAUUAUUACAUCGCAAGUUACGUAUCCAACAAAGUCGUUUGGUAUCAUGGGGGUUGGAAUGGUCGGAUCCUUCGCAAUCACCUGAUAUCGAUGAAUCAGUAUCAAAGGCAGGAUUAUCCGAAAUCGUCGGAAAUGUCAUGUCAACAAUCAAGGAGAUUUUGGCUGAAGCAGAACCAUUAUGGCAAUCUUCCAAAAGGUUGACAUCGGAUGAGAGACCAUCAGAAAAAUCGGAAAAGGGUGCUUUAAUUCAAUGGGAUAAAACGAGGUUUGAGGAUUUGAUUCGAGAUUUAACCAUGUCUAUUGAUACUCUUUAUGAUUUAUCAAAGACAAGACAAUCAGCAAGGAGUGGUCUAGGUCUACAGACUUCGGAAGCUUCAAGUUCAAAAGAUCAAUCUUCGAGUUUUGAGGAAAGACAAUUUGAAUCGACAAGAAUGUCUGCACCCCAACAAAUAGAUCCAGCGACUCUAAUUUGGACGGGCAAUCAAAUCAUUGCUACACGUGGUACAUCGAGGUCAACAUCGAAUAAUACAUUGAGACAGAUAGUACUGAUGAGAAGGUCUGUCAAUUCUUCGGAUUUGAGAAAAGCCAUCGGUCAACCUCCUGAUCCAAUACCUGUUCUUGUCGAAUAUGCCCCUUACGAUCCUAUAUAUUCCGUUACUGGAAUCACUCCAUCCAUGACUCGAUUCGAAAAACUCUUUGCUAGUCUUUCACAGGCAUAUUACUCUUCUGACAGACUACUUGUUGGAUUACUUCGUCUCAUUGGGUAUUAUGAGGAUGCCGAGCAUUCGAGAUUUUGCCUAUUGUUUGCCUUGCCAACAAAUUUUGGACCCAUGGACAUUCAAAGCCCAACCCUACAGAUGCCCACGAUAAAUUCAUUGUCGGAGCUUUUAAUAAGUCCUGCGUUCGAACCAAGUUUGGAGGUCAAGUACAGAUUAGCCUACAACAUAGCUAAUGCCGUGUUUGAUUUACACUCCAAAGGAAUUGUUCAUGGCAACUUACUUCCUUCCAAUAUUCUUUUCAUCGAACAUCCUACUUCACCACGGGCUUUUGAUUUAACACAGAUUAAUAUGCGACAAUCAUACCUCGGUUCUUAUGAUUUGUUUUCUGAUACUGCCACGGAUUUGGGACCAAGUUUGGAUCAAGCUACUAUGUUGUAUAAACAUCCACUCGACCCGAGGAGUACCAGAUAUACUAAUCUAUCCCAAGAAAGCAAGUCUUUGGAUUUGUACAGUCUUGCCAUGAUUCUUCUUGAGAUUGGUCUCUGGAGUUCUUUAUCGGAACUUUUCCCAAGGGCAUCUCAAGUACCUUCAAACCCUACAGAGGUUCUCAAGCAUCUUGCAUCUCGAUGUGGAAAUAUUUAUGUCAAAGCGGUGGAAGCAUGUUUAAGUGCACCUGAAGGGGAACUUUCACGAAAAGCAAGACCAGAUGUUAUGCAUCAAAAAGUCUUUUGGCGUGUAUCAAAAGCACUCAAUACUUGUUGUUCACUCGAUGAUGUUUCGGAUGAUGAUAGUGAAAGAAGUGAUGAGCCAUCACUGGUACCCACACCUUUGAAUAUUGAAGCCCCAUCUUCAUCUACCAAAGGAUAUCGUGAUCGAAGGGAUGCAAAGAUCGAUUUUAGUGCUCCACAAGAACCAGAAAUCAAUUGGGGUGAGAAACCAAUACGUGUAAAGACCCCGCAAAAGGCUACUGCUGAAUGGGCAGAGAAAAAGUCUUCUGGUGAGUUGAUAACCCUUCACAACUGCCACAAUCUAACCAUUUUUGUCUUAGCGGUCGAACCUAUAAAAUCAAAACCUAAGCUCAAGACAUUCCCAGCUAUUCGCAUUAGUCAAGAACAUAUCAAUUUUUGGCAUACCAAUAUUAUGCCACAUGUCAACCACGUCCUUCGAAGUUUUUACAAGAAAUAUCCCGAGUCGGUUGAAAUUUCUCUCGAAUCAGUUGGUGAAUCAUCUACCAAAACGAAACCUACCAUUCUCGUCAUUUGUACAAGCGUCAGUAAAGUUAGAAGUAUAUUGAAGAAGAGUCUCGUUUAUGAUAAAGCUACAUAUGGAUUAAAAGUAUGUCGUGGAAAGGUUGUAAGAGCAAGAAAUGGUGGGGUCAAAAGAAGUAUGGCACAUGGUGAUGAACUUGUAGCGAAGAAUACUCAACAUCAAGAACGUCCGAAGAAUGGCGCCAGUAUGGGAGCAUAUAUAAAUGAUCAUCACCUUCCACCAGUAUCAUUUGGAGGACUCGUCACGAUUGAUGAAAGACCUUAUGGAAUGUCUGUUCAUCAUAUGUUAGACGACCCUUCCGAUGAUGAUGAAGAUGAGCCAGUUCAACCAACAAAACCAAUUCUUCGAUCAUCAGCACUUCCUCAAUACCUUGAAAUGCCAGAUCUAACGCAUUCAGAGACAUCUUACUACUCUAGUGGCGAUGAAGAAUAUAAUUAUAGCUUCACAGAUUAUUCAUCUUCAGGUUCAUCAUUUGAUUCCGAUUCCUCACCUUAUGCAUCAGAAGAUGAAGAUGAUUCUGAUGCCGAAUUUCCAACGUUAGAACCAGGAGAUAUUCCUCCUAUUCCGAUUUCUUCGUCGAAUGUUCACAAUUAUCCAAUCACACAACCAGCUAUCGAUGACAUCGAUCCAGAUUUCUAUCCUGAUCCAGAAACUAGAGAUGAAGAUCAUUUAGAUUCAUGUUUACUUGGAAAUGUCUAUGCAAGCUCAGGAAUUAGACGAUUGACUCAUGACGAUAUCACUCAUGAGAUUGAUUGGUGUCUUUUUGAGUUUGAAGAACAUCGUCUACCUGAUUUUACUUCUUCAAUAUCUUUGACAACACAACCAACAGGAGUGGUUCCAUUAACAGAACUUCCAGAUUUACCAGUUAAAUGUACAGCUAGAACUAGUGGUACACAAACUGGACGAAUCCUUCCAUCUAUGUCCAUUCUCAAAAUUUUUGGUCGGAAAACUCCAUCUAUGAGUUGGCAAGUCGCUGGUAAAAUAGGUGUUCCAGGUGAUAGUGGUGCAUGGGUUCUCGAACGAGGUGAUGAUAUUAGUGUGGGCCCUGGAAAUAAUAGUGGCAGAGUUGCAGGUAGUGUACUUGCAUGGAGUCAACGAAAAAGUGUCGGAUAUAUAUGUCCACUGUGGAUUAGUGUCCUUGAUAUGGCAAAUUCGUUGAAGUGUGAAAAGAUUGGAUUACCAAAUGUUGAAAAACCUAUAUGGGCUAAGGUGUCGACGAGAAGAGAGAAAGAAGUUCCAUGUCUUUCCAAGAAAACUUCACGACCGAUGAGUGAGAGGAAUAUCGAUGAAUGGGAUAGUGAAGAUGAAGCGCAUAGUUUGAGGGCAAACAGACCUCUAAGUGGAAAUUACCCCAUGGUUAUUGAUGAUGAUUUAGCAGAUGAUGAGGAUGAAUUAUCGGGUGUUGUGGGAAAUAUAAAACAUGUGGCAUCCGAUCAUGAAUAUGAGCCUAUGGAUAGUGAAGAAGGAUAUGAAGAUGAUGAAUCUUAUGAUGAGGAAGAAGAGAGGGAAUAUUGGAGACGAUUUAAAGCUGCGAGUGUUAGUCCUGAACGUGUCAAGGGGAAAGAUAUAGAAGACAAUGAUCAUGAACAGAGACAUGAGCUUGCGAAUGAGUAUUCCCAGGAAUAUCAACAUGAUGGACAAGAUUAUCAAAAUGCUCAUGAAAAAGAAGUUCUUAUUUCAUCAGAGGAAGAACCAGAAUUACUGGCUACUCUUGGUCAACCUUCAAGAAGGGGAAGAGGUUUCGGAGUGAGAACUUUUAGUGGUGAUAAGAGUUUGGAAAUGGAUUUGGUGGUGGGAGGUAUCAGGGAUUUGGGUAUUGAUGGGAAUACCAUGGACGGGAAUACCAUGGGUGAGGAUACAAUGGCUGGACCAAUGAGAAGCACAGUAUUCAGUAUGGAUGGAAGUGCAAUGGGAGAUUUCACAGUAGGAGGAGGUGUCAGUGCAGAGGAUUUUAAUGCCUUGGCCGCGGCGGCUAAUGCGAAGGUAAAUGCGAGUGCGGGUCGUCAUGAUCUUGAUCAUGAUCUUGAUAAGAGUAGGAAUAGGUUGGGUAGUAGCUCUCAUGGGAGUGCGCAUCCGCAUGAGGGAUCGGAAAGCUUGGGGAAUAGUAGUUUGACUGGGUUUGUGCAGGGUCAUGGACAUGGUCGGGUCCAGGGGCAGAGGCAGCGAGUGGGGGUUAGGAGUUAGAUUUGGGUUUGGGUUGGAUAAGAUUGGAUUGGAUGGGAUGAGAUGAGAUGAGAUGAGAUGAGAUGGGAU